CACACAGCUGGGACUGAACUUUGUCCUCGUUCCAGAUUCGGAAAACAACAGGCACAGUAUAAAAGGGGGGAGCUGCGGGGGACGAGGCUUGUUUUUGUUCAAGGAGUUGCAGCAAGGAAGAACUGAGCAGAGGGAAAGAAACUUUUUAACCAUCGGAUUGGGGUAGUGAGGAGGCGCCACAGAGAUGUGGGCGUGCCUCAGCCUGCUCCUCACUCUCUGCCUGCUCCAUGGGGGCGGAGCAGAGAGUGACGGGGAUGGGCCUCGCUGUCAGCUGCCGCCAGCCUGGAAGAUAGGGGAGGUGGACCCAAUGAAGGGGGCGAUGGGCCAGGUGACGGUGGUGGCACUUUUACAGGCCAGCUGACUGUUCUGCUUGGUGCAGGCUUCCCGAGUGGAUGGCCUGCGCCAGAGGCUGGAGAGUCAGGGUUUGAAGGAUGUGACCUACAUGGUCAUUAACCACCAGGGGGAGGAAGCACAGCGUCUGCACGCUGUGCUAGCACAGAGACUAGCUGAGAACAUCACCCUGUACAAACAGGAAGAGCAACAACCUGAUGUCUGGCAGACACUGAGUGGGGAGAAAGAUGACUUUCUCAUUUAUGACAGAUGCGGCCGUCUCACCCACCACAUUUCCCUCCCAUACUCCAUCAUCGGACAAGGUCAUGUUGAGGGUGCGAUCAAAGAUACCUACUGCAAACGCAUAUGUGGGAACUGCACACAUGAGAGCACUGAGACCCCAGAGGAGUGCAAAGGGAAAGCAGAUGCACAGCCUGGCACAGAUGGGACCCCAGCUGUAGAGGAAGACACUGGACAUGGUCACGGUCAUGAUCUUGGGCAUGGUCACCAUCAUGGACAUCACCAUGGUCGUGGUGAUGGCCACCACGGGCAUAAUCAUGGUUUUCACCCACGUGGCUUUGGCCAUGGCCGUGACCAUGGAACACAGGGGCAAGAGCAAGAUAGUGGGGUGUUUCAAGGGCAACAACAGGCAGAAUUAGGACAGAUGCAGCAAGCAGUGCAAGUGCACCUGGUGUCACAGGAGGCCAAUGGAGCCCCUGUGAGGCCUUGAGUACCACAGAAGGCUAGGUGAAAGUCAAAGCACAGCUGACAGUGGACAGCAGGCUCUGACAAUGAAGCCUCUCCUAAGGUCAGCUGAUGCUGACACUGACGCAGGCUGUUCAACGAGGCAGGGAGCGAACAGCCGGUCGGUCUCUGACACUGUGAUAUGGCUCUGCCCGCCUCCUGACGGUGACACGGAGCGAUAGGCGAUGCAGCCAAUAAUGUUAGGGAGACCUGACAGUGACGCUCGCCUCCUGCUGAAUGACAGCCGCCUCAGCCAGCCCAAUGAGCCUGACCCCCAGGUGUCGUUAGCUGAGGAUGAGAGCCUCACCAGCCAGCCCAAUGAGC